CCGCCCUCCUCCCCUUCCGCCAUGGCGGCCGCGAUGUUCCGGAGCUUGCUGGUGUCGGCGGGGGGGUCCCGCGAGGCGCCCUCCGCGGCCGCCGCCCCCGCCCCGCCGCCGCCUCACCCGCCCGAGCCCGGCGCCGCGCUGGAGGCCCAGUUCAGCUGCCCCAUUUGCCUGGAGGUCUACCAGCGCCCCGUCCGCAUCACCCCCUGCAGGCACACGUUCUGUGGGGAAUGCCUGCAGCCCUGCCUCCAAGUUCCGUCUCCCCUCUGUCCCCUUUGCCGCAUGCCCUUUGACCCCAAGAAGGUGGAGAAGGCCUCCGGGGUGGAAAAGCAGCUGUCUUCCUUCAAGGCGCCGUGUCGGGGCUGCAGUAAAAAGGUGACGCUUGCAAAGAUGAGGUCUCACGUCACAUCAUGUGCUAAAGUCCAGGAACAAAUGGCCAACUGUCCGAAGUUCGUACCUGUCGUCCCAACAUCCCAACCUAUUCCAAGCAAUAUUCCAAACCGGUCCACGUUUGUCUGUCCCUAUUGUGGAGCGCGGAACUUGGAUCAGCAGGAGCUAGUGAAACAUUGCAUGGAGAAUCACCGCAGUGACCCCAACAAAGUGGUCUGUCCAGUGUGCUCAGCCAUGCCUUGGGGAGACCCCAGUUACAAGAGUGCCAACUUUCUACAGCACCUCUUGCACCGGCACAAGUUUUCCUAUGACACGUUUGUGGACUAUAACAUCGAUGAGGAAGCGGCCUUGCAGGCAGCCCUGGCACUCUCCCUCUCAGAGAACUGAGGGCCGCUGACCCGGCCGAGCAGCAGACAGGAACUGUUGCCCAUUUGCCUGGCUCUCUCCGCUGUCGGGGCGAUGCGCCGCUCGUCCUGCCCAUCGGCUCCCAGAGGGUGGCUUGUGGCCGUCUCCUCCGCUUUCGCCUUGCCUCGUUCAGGCAGGGAACCUCUUCCUCGGGGCCGGGGCAGCGAAAAGGGGUGCGUCCCUUUCCCCGGUUCCAUCGGACCUGCUCUGUACUCUACCGGUCGGACGUUCCACACGCCACGAAGUACGGAGGUGCUUUUAAUACAGUUUUAGCACCAUCGGCCCUCAUUCCAUUAGCGGUUUAUAUAGCAACAAAACAUUUUGUGGGGAAACUGUAGUUUACAUUUUUUUUUAAUUGCCUGUGUCUUUGGGUUAAUUCACUGGAUAUUUUGUUUUAUUUUUAUUUUGGGGGGGAAAUCAGCAUGGGAGAUUUAAAUCUUGUACGAAUAUUUAUUAUGCGCUUGGGGGCCUGCUCCUUGGCCAUCGUGGCGAGGGAUUUGGGGAUCAACGCCUGCAUGGAAAGCAGCCUCUUCAAAGAGGCUUGUGAUGCCCGAGCAAGACCAGGCGGCCAUUCCUGACUUGAGCAUAAUUGUUUAGCCAAAUCUCUCCCUCCGCUCCCCACGACUGACCUUGCCCGUUUUGUAUCUGCUUUUGUGAUACUCUAGAAGUUCUUGGUGGUUUUUUUUCUACAUCUCUUCCUGUAACAAACACUCUUCACCUUUUAUAGAGAGAAUACAAAGCAGUUAACCCUUGA